AUGAGGAGCAAAACGGCACGUGAACCUGAGACGAGUUGGGAAAUUAGGAAACAUACGGUAUGGAAAAGGCUGUGGAGUUUGAAUAUCAAGCUGAAACUAAAACACUUUCUAUGGAGAUGCCUACAAAAUGCCUUGCCUGCAAAUGAAACACUUUUUAAGAGGAUAGGAAAGGGAAGUAACAUAUGUUCCUGCUGUGGUGACAAUGCUGAAACCAUUGAACAUAUGUUAUUCUUUUGCCCAACUGCCAAAGUGGUAUGGAAACUUGCUCCAGUGAAAUGGGAUGGGAUAGCUGAACUACAAGGCAACUUUUGGAACUGGUGGGUUGCUGUGAUGCAAUCAGCAAAGGAGGCGCAUGGCCUGGACAGAAUCCAGCUUACGGUUAGCAUUUUAUGGCAAGUGUGGAAGGCUAGAAACAAAAUGACUUUCCAAGCUGAGAGGGGGAAUGCAAAACUGAUUGUCGACAAAGCUCACAGUGAAUGGCUUGAGUAUGAAGCUUGCAAUGAAACCAAUGGAAGACCAGCUACACCAGCCGAGGAGAAUGGGCAAUCACAACAGAAAUGGGAACCACCUAAAGAAGGGGUGAUAAGGAUAAACACGGAUGCAGUACUCUCAGCUAAGAUGGUCCGGACAGGCCUGGGGAUCAUUGCGCGGAAUUGGCAUGGAAAGAUAGUGAAAGCUAAAGGCAUCGUGACACGGAGGAGAGGAGUACCAGCAAUCGAGGAAGCAAUGGCAAUAAGGAGUGCGUUGGAAAUGACCAAAAAUGCAGGAUGGACUACAAUAGAGGUCCAAUCUGAUUGCAAAUGUGUGGUAAGCCUAAUCAACUCAAGCAAUAGACAGGAUUGUAAGUUGCAAACGAUCCUGGAUGACAUUGAAGACUUGAAGAAGAACUUUGACUGUUGUGUGUUUUUGUUUAUUCCCAGGACUGCUAAUACUUGUAGCCAUGCUUUGGCUCAAUUUGCAGUUAAGUCAGUUAGGAUAAUUGAAUGGGAGGGAUCAUUCCCAUCUUGGUUAUCAAAACUAGCUAGGAAAGAUAUGGGGGUAGUUAACCCGUUUUGUAAUUAA